AUGGUUGGGCUACACCUAAAGCCAAUAUGUUUGCAUGGAAAGGCGUUAAAGGCAGGUUACCGACAAAGACAGAGCUGUAAAAAAAGGGGAAUUCAUAUCAGCAACAUAUUGUGCCCGGGUUGCGGAUACGAGCAAGACACUGUUGAACACAUCCUCAUUCCGUGUUUGAUGUCGAAAACGCUAUGGUGGAUGGUUGGAGCAUGGCUGGGAGUAAAAGAUUUACAUUCUUACUCAACAAUGGCAGAUAUUCUCUAUUUUUCCUGGAAGCUGGAUAUUUCUAAGAAGAAGAAAAAGGCAGUUAACUGCAUAGUGAUCGUUACAUUAUGGAUCAUAUGGUCAAGAAGAAAUGAGAAGGUAUUCAAAGUCGUGCAGUGUUCAAAUGCUAUAAGACUGGAACAAGUCAGUGAGUAUACUCUGUUGUGGAUGAAAGUCAUAGCCAAUAUGGAGAAUUUAGUGAUUGAAAAGUGGUACACCAGUGGUGCGAAUGUAAUAGAAAAAUAG